AUGGGUCGUUUUAUGACUGCGUGGAGGGAGAAGAGGUACAACUACAUCCUCCUUGGCGAUUAUGAUUACAAAUACCUGUGCAUGCCGGUGUGGCCCUUCAAGGCGGGCAAGCGCGACCCCCCCACCUUCUUCGCCACCGACGCGUGGCUCGGCAUCCUCACAGCCAUGGUGAUGGGCCUGCAGCACGCCAUGGCAAUGGUCGGCGGACUCAUCACGGACCUGGAAACCCUGGCACGCGUCAGUGGCAGGCCGUAUGAGGCGGAGAACUACACCUUCCCCACUCAGUCGCAGCUGGACGAGGAGGAGGAUGGGCCCGAUCUGGGCGAGGAGGAGGAGGUGGAGGUCCUGACCGGGGAGGAGGAGGACGAGCUGGACUCCAUCGCCGCCGCCCUGUCCAGCUGA